UGGGUCACUCUGACCAAUCUUCGGGCAGAGCCUAGGAUCUACCUAUGAACCAAAACACUACCACGUGUACAGUGUAUAACCUGACGAAAACCCACAGAGGGCGGAGUUGAACAAAGCAAGUGGCCAUCCAACCAACAUACGAACUGACGGUAGCAACGCUUAGUGUUGUUGGCAUUUUCGGGCCAAUAGCUGAAGGCAUUGCCAGGCUUCUUUUUGUUUUACUUCCGUAAAUAGGAUAAAUCAGCUGUAUUAAAACAAAUUGAGAGUUUUCGAGUGGUUUGUAGAUUCGCCAAAGGGAAAUUAGGUAACAUCACCCACUAUGCCUUUUUUGGGUCAAGACUGGCGAUCCCCCGGAUGGAGUUGGAUUAAAACAGAAGACGGCUGGAAACGAUUUGAAUUAUUUCGUUACGAGUUGGAGAAUAACCUGCACAAUAAGGUGGUUGGUAACGAAGAUUUCAAGAAUGAAAACUUUGAUCUCUUGAAUGCCGAAGAUUAUGAAGUUCUUGUCAAAAAGAAGAAAGACCACUUGAACAACAACACAAAGUCACAGUUUAACACUAUCAUAGACUUGAAGUUAUAUGUGCGUAAAUUAAAUCUGGCUUUUAGCUUGGGCAACACACCCACACUUCUAAAUACCUAUAAAAUAUCAAGUAUUUUCAACCCUCCACUAUAUGGUGUUUUAAGUACUUUUUACAAGUUGUGUGAAAUUGAUUUAAGGUCAAUGUUGAACUCCCAUGUUCCUCCUAAAACAAUGAAAGCUAACAUUUCUAAGAAUGAGUUGGCUUUCAUAUCCCUCCUUAAUGAAUGCAACAUAAGAGUUAUGAUGCCAGAUAAGGGAGGGGGCCUUAUUUUCGUGGAUGAAUACCUGUAUGAUAGAAAGAUGCUUGAACACUUACAAUCUGACACAUAUUUGAAGUCUAGCCUUAAUGAGCUGUUGCAGUUGAUAGCCAAAACACGGCUGACAUCAUUAAGUGGAGCUGCACAGAAGAACUACUUCAACAUUCUUGAAAAGAUUUUCAGAAAAGUGCUUGAAGAUAAUCAUAACCCUCGGCUUAUUAAAGAACUUCUUCAUGACCUUGGCUCUACUCUGUGCAUUCUUAUUAGAGAAGUUGGCAGGUCUGUGCUUGUGGGUAAUAUAAAUAUUUGGGUUUGUCGCUUAGAAGCUGUCCGUGACUGGCAGCAUCAACUCAGCAAUCUUCAGAUCAAAAAGCAUGUGGAUUACAGUGUCACGUUGAAUGACCUCCCUCUGUACAUGCAGAGUAACAUAUUGUACAGAUUUUCAGAUGGCUGGGAUGUUGUCAAUUUGGGCCAGGUGACUCCAACAUUGCACAAAUUAAGCGAGGACAGGCAGUUGUGGAAAAAACUAUGCCAAUAUCACUUUUCAGAAAAGCAGUUUUGCAGACACCUGAUCCUUUCUGAGAAAAGCCAUAUUGAUUGGAAAUUGAUGUACUUCACACUCCUGAAGUGGUAUCCCAAGAAAGAACAGUAUGGUGAUACUUUGCAGUACUGUCGGCAUUGUAGCAUAUUGUUUUGGAAGGAUACGGGACAUCCAUGCACCGCUGAUGAUCCUGACAGUUGCUUCAUGCCAGUUUCACCUCAGAAUUUCAUUGACCUUUUCCAGUUCUAGGCAAGAGGUUCAAUAUUCCAAGCACUUUUUUGCUCAGUUGGAGACGGCACAUUACUUUCUAUUUAAUUUCAUCUAGAAUGUAGCAUUUUUCACAUGCGGUACACUAGUGCAUAACUGUAAUUUUUUUUCAAAGAAAGUGGACUUUAUAAAGUGCAUAAUAAAAUGUAAGCAUCAUAAAUAUAUAACAAGGCAACAUAGUUUAGUAAAGAGGUAUUUUUGUAAAUGACUAAAACUAAACUUGCAUUCCUUUAGAGCUAAUCUUUGGGAAAGGUCACUUUAACUCAAUUCAAUGGAGCUCAGGAAGUUUGCACUGUCACUUCCAAUGGGCGGAGCCUAAGCUUUUUGACAGAAUCAAAUUGGC